AGAGCCCGAGGCGGAUCCGGCUCCAGAAGGGCCGGGCUCAGCGAUCCGAGCGAGGCGGGAGCGGCGGGGCCAGGAGGCGGCGCGGGCGAGAGAAACUCUUCCAGCAGCCGCCGCAGCCGCAGCAGCAGCAGAAACUCCGCCGCGCUCCUUCGGCUCUGCCGUCCUGCCUUCUUGCCCGCCUUCGAGGCCGAGCGACCGCGCGAUGUGGCCGGCGCCGCCCGCCCUCCUCCGGCUGCUGCUGCCGCUCGCCUGGGCCUCCUGCGCCCUGCCCGCCGCCGCCCCCCCGCAGUUCAGCCCCGAGGCCUGGCUGCAGCAAUAUGGGUAUUUGCCCCCGGGCAACCUUCGCACCCACACCCAGCGUUCUCCCCAGUCGGUGUCAGCCGCAAUUGCUGCCAUGCAACGCUUCUACGGGCUUCGGGUGACGGGCUCAGCCGACGUGGAGACUAUGAAGGCUAUGAAGAGGCCUCGCUGUGGUGUCCCAGAUAAAUUUGGAGCAGAAAUUAAAGCUAACGUGAGGCGCAGGCGCUACGCGAUCCAGGGUUUCAAGUGGCAGCAAAUGGAUCUUAGCUUCUGCAUCCAGAACUACACACCCAAAGUUGGCGAACAAGCCACCUUUGCCGCUAUCCGACGGGCCUUCCGUGUCUGGCAGUCGGUCACGCCGUUGCGUUUCCGCGAGGUGCCUUACACGGCCGUGCGGGAGGGCCGCGAAACGCAGGCAGACAUCAUGAUCUUCUUCGCCGAUGGCUUCCACGGAGAUAGCACCCCGUUCGACGGCGAAGGUGGCUUCCUGGCCCACGCCUACUUCCCGGGGCCCCACAUCGGUGGCGAUACUCACUUCGACGCGGCCGAGCCUUGGACCUCUCGGAACGAUGACCUCAGCGGAAAUGACAUUUUCCUGGUCGCCAUCCAUGAGUUGGGUCACGCCCUGGGGUUAGAGCAUUCAAAUGACCCUUCCGCCAUCAUGGCUCCUUUCUACCAGUGGAUGGACACGGAGAACUUUGAACUGCCAGAAGAUGACCGGCGUGGCAUACAACAACUCUACGGAACUGAAGUUGGCCAUCCCUCCAAGCCUCCCCCGAUCCCUCGCACCACUCCGAAACCCCGAAACCCUCGGCCCCCCAAGAACCCGACCUACGGCCCCAACAUCUGCGACGGACGGUUUGACACCAUUGCGGUACUCCGGGGCGAGAUGUUCGUCUUUAAGGAUAAAUGGUUUUGGCGAGUACGCAACAACCGUGUAAUAGAUGGAUAUCCUCUCCCUAUCGGCCAAUUCUGGGUUGGCCUUCCUUCCUCAAUCAACACAGCCUACGAGAGGAAAGACGGGAAAUUUGUCUUUUUCAAAGGAGACAAACAUUGGGUGUUCAACGAAGCCAACUUGGAACCGGGAUACCCCAAACAUAUCAAGGAGUUAGGAAGGAGGCUCCCCACGGACCGGAUUGAUGCCGCCCUUUUCUGGAUGCCGAGUGGAAAAACAUACUUUUUCCGGGGAAAUAAGUACUAUCGCUUCAAUGAGGAGACCCGAUCGGUUGAUGCAGAUUACCCCAAGAACAUUGAUGUCUGGGGGGGGAUUCCUGAUUCCGUCCGGGGUGCAUUUAUGGGCAACGAUGAAGCCUUCACCUACUUCUACAAGGGUGACCGUUACUGGAAGUUUAACAACGAGAAACUGAAAGUAGAGCCGGGGUACCCCAAGUCGGUGUUGCGAGACUGGAUGGGAUGCACGACCGACGACCGACGCGAGGGAGAAGAAGUCAUCAUCAUUGAGGUGGACAAUGCCGAGGAAGGCGGGCUCAACGCCGCCGCGGUGGUGAUUCCCGUCUUGCUGCUCCUCACUAUCUGCGCCGUCGGAGUCGCCAUUUUGAUCUUCAAGCGUUACGGCACACCCAAACGAUUGCUUUAUUGCCAGCGGUCUCUGCUGGACAAGGUGUGACCGGCCUUUGAGAUGAGGUCUCAGGAGGACAGGUCUCAACUGCUUUACUCCCUGUCUACCUGCCUGUCACAAUUCAGGUCCGUUUCUCUUGCUGCCAUCUUUUGAGUCAUCCUGUCCCGGCGCCCCGCUCUCCCCUGCUUCUUGGUCCAUUUUUCCAUCUAACCUGUGGUCCAUCUCACCUUCUUCAUGCCGUCAGCCGCGUUCUCUCUCCAAGAGGUUUCCUUGACCAUGUGGGUCCUCUUCCUUGUUGACCUACUCCUUCUUUCCUUCCUGUCUUCCGCUCUGCUUCUCUUUCCCUCUCAUGGCGUUUCCAUUAUCCAUUCUUACCCCACUGGGAAAAUGGGUGUGCGGAGCAUACUCCUUAAUUCAUCCAACGAGGCAGAAAGCUGAGGAGGCUACUCUACAGGGGUUAGGGCCAGGCCAACCUCAUGGCUACCUUCUUGCACGAUGACAUCCGUUGACCUCGGAUUAUCAUUAAGGACACACUUAAUGGCCUUUCCCUCUUGCAUAACUGCUGGGCAGAAGUCCAUACCGCAAAUAUGUUAGCUCUCCUGACCGUCUUGUGGAAUUUCAAUCUAAAACCGGUUGCCAUCUUGCUGGUCCUCCCUUCCAAGGGCAAAUGGUGGAGAACCAUCUCAUCGGCGUUGCCGAACCAAACCACGAUGGGUAGUAGGGAAGUUGCAGGUUUUGGCCUGUCGGUGGGCGAAGCGUUAUAGAGCUCACGUCUAGAAAUCAUAGAGCUGGAAAGGAAUGACGGUGUUCCGAAAGGGAUCUUCUCAUUCCAUUCGGCAAGGGAAGGAGGAACCGUGUGCUGACCAGGGAUGGGGGUCUACCAAUCAGAAACAGCAAGAAGGAAAAUGGGUGGGAUGGUAGGCUUGGAGGGCCUGUCCCAAAGGCCAACUUUUUGUGGGGAAGGGGCAGCGAAGACUCAUAAAGGGCCUAACCGUCAGGUGGUAAGGGGGUAAACUGAGCUUUCCUUAUGACAUAAUGGAGUGGACCAUUGGUACCUUGAUCAUAUUGGGAAAUGGGGCAUGUUUGAGAGAGGGAGGGACCAAGAUUAUGUGGCCUACAGAAGAUGUUUGCCCAGACCAAUUGUCCCAUCCUGGUGCCUUCCAGAUGUUGAGAUCCAGGAUGGUCCAAAAAGUCAAGAUGGGGGGCCACCACUGAUUGCCAUCUUUAUUUUAUUUUUUUAAUCAUUCCCAUGGACACCCCAAGUUAGGACUCAAUUCUUAUUUUGGCCAAGAAUUUGGGGAUGGAGUUCUUCAAUACCCGGAGGGCACCUGACUGGUUGACCAGCCAAAUCCAGAUGUUGGCAGGGCCGCUUCUGGAAGUGUUAACUUCCCCAUCGGAUGACACUGGCCCGAUGUUUAUAGUUGUCCCUUAAAACGAGUCCCUUCCUUGGCCACUUUAAGACUUAACGGAUUUCAACUCCCAGAAUUCCACAGCCGGCAUGGCUGCCUGAGGCAUUCUGGGAGUAGAAGUCCACAGAUCUUAGCUUGGGGACCCUUGACUUAAAAUCCGUUCCCGAUUCUGCGAAAAUGAACCGAAAGCAGCGUUUUGCAAAAAAAAAAA